UUGCUCCUGCAGCACAGAAUGAACACGUCUGGCAGCGUCACUGCUGUUAAAACACGCUCGUUGGCUUGGCUGCACCCCGUAGCCUGAAGACACCACUCCCCUGGACGCCUCCUCCCUGGUUUGCUGUCACUUACUCUCACGCACUACACACUUCCAACGCUUGCUUCCUCCAGACGCUUCGUGUUUAUUGUCUCUGUGUGUUUUUGAGCUCUGGUGCUUGCAGUUGGACCAUGUCAUGCGGGCUUUAGCAGCAUGUGGACGGCAGCGCUUGUUGUGUUUCUCUUUUCGGCUCCCUGUCAGCAUGUCUGGGCUCAGGAGGGGGCCAUCACUCCUCAGGACUGCAGCCUGGACUGCAUCAAAGAGGGAGGACCUGGAUGUGAAUACUGCAGAAUAACCAGAGCUGAUGUCAAGACAGCUCUGGGCUUUAACUCUUUUAAAGAGUUUGGAAGCUGUAUUCCCUGGCCAUGUUUUGAGUUGCUAGGAAAAAAAGACCCACAAAUCUGUCGGCACUACGUCCACGGUCCAAAUAAUGUGGAGGUUGAAUUUGUAAAUGAACCGAACUCAGAAUCUGACACCAUAGUUGUCUCCUGGAAGCCCAGCCACUAUGGGAUCGCCUUCCUGCGAGGCUUUCAGGUGUCACUCCAGGCUCUGGGAGGGUCAAGUUUUGCCUGUCAGCUCUUCCUCUUCCACCGUAACCUCUCCCUGCCUGCUUCACAAUCCAAAAGGGUGUACAAGUCGGACCCUUUCCCCGGCCUCCCCCUGGGGUCCCAGUAUGCUGUUACUGUCAUGGCCCUGCCGGUGCCUGAGGAGUGGGAGAGGUUCUACCGCAGCAGGAACUUCUCCUCACGCUCAUGUGCGGAAAAGAAUGGUCUUGAGAAGUGCAAAAAAGAUUGGUACCCCAAACACAUCGAGGUGCAACAGGAAGGGACAGCCAUCACCGUGACCUUUAACCUGGCUCCUCCACAGCUGGGCAUCAGGAGCUACUUCUCCCUGUGUUACGCUAACAGCAUGAAGAAAUACACCGACAUCUCUCCUAAUUUCAAGAAAAACCAGACUCACCACAGCUUUCAGAUGAAUGACCUUCAAGAAGGAACCAAUUACACUUGUGAGAUUGCAGCUGACCAAAUGGACGCAGUAAGGAAAACCUUCAAUGUUCAGGUGUUGCACUUCCUCAAAGCAGUUUCAACACCUCACUCUGUGAGUCCCUCAUUGGCUCUGAUGCUUCCACUGGGCCUGUCUGUGGCAGUCAUAUUUGUAGUCCUAGUGGCUGCUCUCAUCUGGAAGACCAGGCUGCAGAUGAAGAAAGUGUACAUUAAACCAGAUAUAAUAAGGCAGCAAGAAGAGAGCGGCACUCAAGAGGGAGUGAUGCCUCUGCCCAGAAACAGGCCGACCCCUCCUCGUCUUCUGAUUUGCUACAGCAGCUGUGACGGCCCCGCCCAUGUUAAAGCCGUCAUGCAGUUAGGGGCCUUCAUACAGCAGCACAUGGCCACUCAGGUGUGCCUGGACCUGUGGGACUCUCUGAGCGUGGCUGAGGAGGGCGGCAUGGCCUGGCACUGCCGGCAGAUCCGGGAGAGUGACUUCAUCUUGGUGAUAUGUUCCUGGGGCCUGAACCGCAGGAGUAAGCCUUCAGAGGGCGAUGAAGAUGACGGGGCAGACGAAGGACUCCACUAUGGCUCUAACGCCUUCUGCUCUAAAGCUGCAGUUAAAGUUAUUGGAGAGGAAGUGGGCCACGCCAAAGCCAGAGGCCAGGACUUGUCCAAAUACAUGGCGGCCAUUUUUGAUUAUUCCGAUGAAACUGACAUCCCCACCGAACUGAGGCUAGUUUCUCACUACAUAUUGACACGCGAUUUACAGCUGCUUUUCUCCCACCUCCAUGGAGUGGCUCUGCACGGGCCGGGGCAUUACCUGAAGAUAAAUCAUAUAUCAGAGGACGGGUUUACUAAGUUACCAUCCGGAGCUGCUCUGCAGUGGGCUAUUUAUGAGGCUCGGAUGGAGAUAACGGCAAAAAGGCAUGACUCUGUGGGAAGUGAAGGGGACUAAGAAGAGAAAAAGGACUCCAUGGCUAGAAACUUCCAGGCAAAUAGGAGGAGAUGUGGCUCAAUUCCAAUGUGGCCCCUACCAGCUUCUAAUCCGUUUCCGUGUGGAGGGUCUGCCAAAUAAAGUGCCAUUCCAAAUCCACUAGUGUGGAGUGGAAGUUAUAGAGCAGUGCAUUGUUGACGUAUUUUUGUAGUCCAAUGGGAUUUUUCCAUUGGAUUGAAGAAUAUCGCAGAAAAUAAGAUCUGUGGCCAACACAUGCUUAUGAUGCUUAGACAUUUUGUUCAGUGGUAUAAUAUGCACAUAUUAACACCACUCUUUCAAAAGCGUUAUUGCAAUUACCAGAAGUAAAAAGCUAACGUAAAGUUAUAUACAAACUUCACAUGGUGACAUGAACCCACAUGUUUAGCUUUAUGAUGUUUAGUAGUCUAAUAUGGUCACUUGUUAUCAACUGCUAUUUUUAAUGACACAAAUAAGCUUUAAAAGGUAUUUUAACACCAGGUAUUUGAUGUCCUAGAAAAAACAAAACAGUUUUGUUGUGAAGUAUGCCACACCCUACAGCUCAUUCAAUAAGUGAGACUAUGUAGGGAGUUCUAGCCGUCACAGAGUGGAAAGGUGAAGGGGUCGCUUUGGAAGUGGGCCGUUGUGAAGGUGACUAAUACAUCCACAUUCCCAGCUAAUGUGUACAACAUAAUAUGCUAUAGUGUGCCCGGAAGGAUUUAAAAAAAAAAAAACAGUAAUAUGCAUAAUGGUCAAUAAAGCUAUCUUAGCCCCACGAAUGUAUUUGGCAGACAUUUUUUUUGUAAUGUCAUGCUAAAUAAAAAAACAGUGUGUUUUUAAUAUUAACUUUGUACACAAACUAGUAAUCUCAAAUGUGAGGUUUUGAAGUUAUUCUGUGUUAAUGUUUUCCUUGAAGUACACAUUGUAUACUAUACAUGCAUGUUUUUCAGUAUUACACAAUGUAUUAAUGCAUGUGCAUAUCAUAUACAUGGGAAUGGAUGAAUAGGUCAAAUUAUUUUAAAAUUAGGCGAAUGUGAGGUCACACACUGAUAAAUGUGAAUUGACUUGCUCUUUUUUGUGAAAUAUUGAUUUUAUAUUAUACAUCUAAUCAUUUAAUAAAAUAUGUUUUAAAAUAA